GUCAUUGGAGGACAACUACUUGACCGGUACUAUACCAACUACACUGGGGAAAUUGUCAUUCAUGGCUCUCUUGGAUCUGAGUCAGAACUCCAUAUCAGGGACUAUCCCGGCCAUCUUUAGCAACCUCCGGGCUUUGAAUUACUUGGCGUUGAACUCCAACCAGCUGAGCGGCACCCUCCCUUCCUCCUUGGCCAACUGCACUUCCCUCGGCUUUCUCCUGCUCAACAAUAACCAGCUCUCAGGGUCUGUUCCGGACACCCUAUGGAAACUGUCCAACCUCCAAAAGAU